AUCUACCCGAUGAAAUUGGAAAGCUUCAGAAGUUAGGGGAACUGUAUUUGAGCGAUAGCAUGUUUUCGGGUCGAAUCCCAUCCUCCCUUGGAAACUUGACUUCAUUGACAAGGCUCUACAUGCACCAGAAUAGUUUUGAAGGAAGCAUUCCUCCAACUCUUGCAAACUGCCAAACUCUAUUAGUACUUAAUCUUUCUGGUAACAACAUAACAGGAGCCAUACCUAGAGAGCUUAUUGGGCUCUCGUCCCUUUCAAUCUAUUUGGGCAUGGCUAACAACCAUUUAACUGGUGCACUGCCACAGCAAGUAGGUAAAUUGGCCAAUCUCGCGGAGCUAGAUGUAUCAGGAAAUCAGUUAUCAGGUGAUAUUCCAAGUGCCCUAGGCAAUUGUAUUAUGUUGGAGCGCCUAUGCUUGGCACAUAACAAAUUUGAAGGAACAAUUCCUGAAUCUUUUAAAAGUUUAAGAAGCUUGGAAGAGAUGGAUAUUUCGAGCAAUAAUUUUUCUGGGCAGCUUCCUGAAUUUAUAGGCAAGUUAAAAUUUCUCAAGAAUCUCAACGUUUCUAAUAAUAAUUUCAAGGGUGAACUGCCUAAAGAAGGGAUUUUUCUAAAUGCAAGUGGUCUCUCAAUUCUCGGAAAUGGUGGGCUUUGUGGUGGCAUCCCACAAUUAAGUCUACCGCCAUGCUCCAACUCAAAGGCUCAUUCAUCUCGAGGACUGCUUGCCCCGAAAGUAGUCAUCCCUGUAGCUUGUGCGCUUGCAUUCAUAAUUGCUCUGUCAUGCUUCAUUGUUGCUCGUUCAAGACGUAAACCUGUAACUUCGCCUUCCCAUAAGGAUUGGAAAAUGGGUGUCUCUUACUUGGAACUUGUUGAAUCAACUAAUGGGUUCUCCAUGGACAAUCUUAUUGGUACAGGAAGUUUUGGUUCAGUUUACAAAGGCAUAAUCCCUAGUGAUGGAACUGUAGUUGCAGUUAAGGUACUGAACCUUCAACAAGAAGGAGCUUCCAGGAGUUUCAUCAGUGAAUGUAAUGCUUUAAGAAGUAUUAGGCAUCGUAAUCUUCUCAAGAUCAUAACUGCCUGCUCAAGCAUUGACAAUCAGGGCAAUGACUUCAAAAGUUUAGUUUUUGAGUACAUGGUAAAUGGAAGUCUUGAUGCGUGGCUGCAUCCAAUAGAUAAGCAAUAUCAAAGUAAGAGAUUGAGCCUUAAACAAAGACUCAAUAUUGCAAUUGAUAUUGCUUCAGCAUUGGAUUACCUCCACCACCAUUGCGAUACAUCGAUUGUUCAUUGUGAUCUAAAGCCAAGUAAUGUUCUACUUGAUGAAGAUAUGGUGGCUCAUGUUGCUGACUUUGGUUUAGCAAGGUUCCUCUUGGAAGCGACGGAUAACCCCUCUCAAAGUCAAACCAUGUCAGCUGGGCUAAGGGGUUCCAUUGGCUACAUUCCUCCAGAGUAUGGCAUGGGAGGCGAAGUAACCAUACUAGGAGAUGUUUAUAGCUUUGGGAUACUGUUGCUAGAAAUGUUCACGGGAAAAAGACCUACCGAUGAAAUGCUUGGAGAUGGUAUAAGUAUUCACAAUUUCACAGAAUUGGCGAUGCCUGAUCAUGCCAUGGACAUAGUUGACCCUUCAUUGCUCAUUGAAGGAGAAGAUGCAGAUGCUAAUGAUGACAAAUACAGAAAUGAGAUACAAGAAAAACCUAUUACAAAUCGUCAUGACCGCGGCCGAGUCCAAGGAAGAAAAUUGGAGGAAUGUUUGGUUUCAGUGAUGCACAUAGGACUCGCAUGCUCUGCAAUAUCCCCGGGAGAGCGGAUGCAUAUGAAUGUUGUUGUCAACAAAAUGAAGGCAAUUAGAGACUCAUUUAUGAAAUUAUGAAGAUGAAGCUAGCAGUAUACGAGAUU